UUUACGAUUUUCUCUUUCUCCUUCUCUAGUGUUAAAGUUCAGCCGGCGGGAACGCGUCCAGAUCGUACUACUGUUGAUAUAAUCAGUCAAUUAAAGCUGCCAUAAAGGAUUGAAAUACAAUGGCUAUGGUUGACGAACCACUAUACCCAAUAGCUGUCCUUAUAGAUGAGUUGAAAAACGAUGACAUCCAACUUCGAUUGAACUCGAUCCGUAGGCUAUCAACAAUUGCCCGUGCCCUUGGAGAAGAGCGAACUAGGAAGGAAUUAAUUCCUUUUCUCAGUGAAAAUAAUGAUGAUGAUGAUGAGGUGCUUCUUGCAAUGGCUGAAGAGUUGGGGGUCUUUAUCCCUUAUGUUGGGGGAGUUGAGCAUGCCCGGGUUUUGCUACCACCAUUGGAGACCCUUUGCACUGUUGAGGAAACGUGUGUAAGGGAUAAAGCUGUGGAGUCACUGUGUAGAAUUGGAUCUCAGAUGAGAGAGACUGACGUGGUUGACUCAUUCAUUCCCCUAGUAAAGAGACUGGCUGCUGGUGAAUGGUUCACAGCACGAGUUUCUGCAUGUGGACUGUUUCACAUUGCCUAUCCAAGUGCUCCAGAGAUGUUAAAGACAGAAUUAAGGUCAAUAUACAGCCAGUUGUGUCAAGAUGACAUGCCUAUGGUCAGGAGGUCAGCAGCAUCAAGCCUGGGGAAAUUUGCCACAACAGUUGAAUCUGCAUAUUUGAAGGCUGAUAUCAUGCAAAUAUUUGAGUAUCUUACACAGGAUGAUCAAGACUCUGUUCGGCUAUUGGCUGUUGAAAGCUGUGCUGCCCUUGGAAAGUUGUUGGAGCCCAAAGACUGUGUUGCUCACAUUCUUCCUGUUAUUGUCAAUUUCUCCCAGGAUAAGUCCUGGCGUGUUCGAUAUAUGGUUGCAAAUCAGUUAUAUGAACUUUGUGAGGCAGUUGGGCCUGAGCCUACUAAGUCGGAUUUGGUUCCUGCAUAUGUUCGAUUGCUUCGAGAUAAUGAAGCUGAAGUACGCAUAGCAGCUGCUGGGAAAGUUACUAAAUUUUCUCGAAUUUUGAGUCCAGAACUUGCAAUUCAGGAAAUCCUUCCCUGUGUGAAGGAAUUGUCAUCAGAUUCUUCCCAGCAUGUUCGCUCUGCCUUGGCCUCAGUUAUAAUGGGAAUGGCUCCUGUCCUAGGAAAGGAUGCAACUAUAGAGCAACUCCUUCCAAUAUUCCUCUCCCUUUUGAAGGAUGAAUUUCCUGAUGUGCGCCUCAACAUUAUCAGCAAGCUUGAUCAAGUGAAUCAGGUUAUUGGAAUUGAUCUAUUGUCCCAGUCCUUAUUACCAGCCAUCGUUGAGCUUGCGGAGGACAGACACUGGAGAGUCAGGCUUGCAAUAAUUGAGUAUAUACCAUUAUUGGCAAGUCAGUUGGGUGUAGGAUUUUUUGAUAAUAAACUUGGGACCCUUUGCAUGCAAUGGUUACAAGAUAAGGUAUACUCAAUCCGCGAUGCAGCAGCUAACAAUAUAAAACGACUUGCCGAAGAAUUUGGACCAGAGUGGACAAUGCAACACAUAAUUCCGCAGGUACUAGAGAUGACCAACAAUCCACACUAUCUUUAUCGGAUGACUGUCCUACAUGCCAUUUCUCUAGUUGCCCCUGUCAUGGGCUCAGAAAUAACAUGUUCAAAAUUAUUGCCAGUGGUCGUCAAUGCAUCAAAGGACAGAGUACCCAACAUCAAGUUUAACGUGGCUAAAGUUUUGCACUCACUAAUUCCUAUAGUUGACCAUUCUGUGGUGGAGAAGACAAUCCGUCCAUGUUUAGUUGAUCUCAGUGAAGACCCAGAUGUCGAUGUUCGUUACUUUGCCAAUCAAGCACUCCAAUCAAUUGAUCAACUAAUGAUGUCGACCUAGACAAGUAACCAAUACUUGUUUCUACUAGUUUUUUAUUUUUAUUUUUAUUUUUUAUUUUUUAUUUUUUUUAUGUUCUGAAGUUCAUUUUGCUUAUCGGAUUAGUUUCAUCAUCUUUCGGAAUGUAAUCAUGUUGUAGUUUGAUUGUAACUGCUUCCCUGUUGUAGCUUGGUUUUGUGUUGUGACUAUUAUGUAAAGCUUAUUUUCAGCUUCUGAACUCUGAAGUAAUGUGCUCUAGCGUUCAUGUUUUGGCAAAAAAUUCUGCUAUAUACA